AUGUCCGAGACUAAGAAGACUUACGAAGAAUUCUUCAUCGAGAAAGAUCUUGGAUUCAAGUCGCAAAGCGGAUUGCCUAGAGUGAGCUUCCCCAUCUCCUCGUCAAGUAAAGAGGCCGUAAGAUAUGACAAAGCGCUCCCUGGUGUCAAGCGCUUUCUCAACCAGCAAAACUUCGAUUGGGAGUCUAUCUCUUGCGUCGGGCGGUCCAGCUGGGGUCCAAGCGAGCCUGUCAAAUCAACUAUCUUUAUCAUGGGGAAGAAUCCCGCAACUGAGGACUUGAAAAAGGAUGCGCAGCAGAAAAGCGAGGAAGAACAUUGGGGCCUUCCGAUGGAGUUUAUCGAAGGGGCGAUCGAAGAGGGUGCAACGUACACUUCAUGCUUUGGCUUUCUCGGAAAGAAUGCGCCAAUCACUCCAGGUUCCUCGUGUGGCAAUCUGAAGCUCCAGGGCUCUGGAACCAUUGGAGGUUUCAUCACUCUCAAGGGGAACCCUCGAAAGCGAUAUAUAAUGGAAAGACAAGAGCCAGUAGCAGCACUAGUAGCAGCGACUGGAACGUCGGAAGAUAUCAUCAAAAGGCUCAAAGAAGCAUCGAGCAAAGACAUUCAACUUCUACGAGGCAUCCUUGACAACACAAAGAAUAUCACGAAAGAACCCGCAAUGGCGUCGGUCUGGGUUUCCAGCGGUACCUGGCGACAACCCCAGGCCAAACCCAAACUGGAUCCGUACCACUCCGACUACAUCAAAGAGGAUUGGGCAAUCACAAGAGUGUUUCCUAAUGUCAAGGUAAAUAAUACAUUCCACCAAAAUGUCCUCCAACCUCUGGCAAAAGGCAGUGCCGCCGAGCCCCCGAAAUUACUUGGGGAUAAGAAGCUGGCGAGUUCCGGAGACAUGGGAUAG